UCUAUUUACUCACGCUCAUCAAGGCUUAGUGAGAUGCAGCCAUACAUUCCCAUGUGGGUGAUGAAGGUCUCCGACUUUCUGCAGAUGACGCUUCCGCUGCCAAAACAUGAAGAUUUGCUGGAGAAAGGACUGCUACAUCAACAGACACCAUCCUGCUAUUGCAUUUUCGUGUCUCACCAGUGGCUGUCCACCGCUCAUCCAGAUCCCGAGGGGAAACAGCUGAAGGUGCUGCAAAAUUGUUUGCAGGGGAUCAUUGAACGUCGGCUGGACGUCAUGAACGAUGCCGCCUCACAGCUUCAUGGUGAGUUCAAGAAAUUGUCUAGCGACCAACAAGCACGAAUCAAGGACGCCUAUUUGUGGCUGGAUUGGAUCAGCAUCCCUCAGAUCGUCGAGGACAGCGAAACCUCGGAGGGCGACGAGAGCCGCGAGAUCUCGGGCCGGCUGCGGCGCCGCUCGCGCGGCCUGCGGAUGUCGCUGAGGAGCUUCCGAUAUCGAAGUCCAGGUGGGCAUAGCUACAAACUCACUGAGCAAGAGGAGUAUAUUCUAUCAAUACCUUCCUUUGUUCAAGCGUGUCAAGUCUUUGUGGCUUUAGUUCCGCCGGUUCCGCACCACGAGACGCACGAAGUAUGCAACUACAGCAGCUGGUUCACCCGCGGGUGGUGCAGAACGGAACUCUGGUGCAAGAUGAUGCUUGGAAAUCAGGACAUGCCAAUGAUAGUGAUCUCAGCCAAUGACAAGGUGGACUUUUCAAGGCCUGUGAAUUGGGUGGACUGGCUCCCCCAUGAAGGAGACUUCUCUUAUGGUCGCGACCGAGCGCUGGUGAUCAGCAUUUUUGAACAAGCUUUGGCUCAUCGGCUACUCUGGCUCCAGAUGGGCGAACACUGGGACUUGUACAGAUACUUCCUGGCCCGAAGCCAGACGUUGACGGGCCAACCCUUGGUGCGUCGCAGCAUGAGCGAAUUCAUCGAGGACUUCGGAUUCAAAUCCUUGGAGCUUGCGAAGAAGCAGAAGGGCACCAUGGGGCCUCUGUUGAGCGCUGCCUUGGCCGGAGACGUUGAGUUGGUGAAGUCCUUGGUGGAGGCGAAGUGUCAGGUGGAUCCGACCCAGUUGGAAGCCAUGACGGAGAUGGGAAUCGUUGGAGGAUUGACGCCCUUGCACGUGGUGGUGAUGCACGGCUGGCGCUGCCCAGGGGUGCUGGAAACACUCUUGCAAGCUCGCGCUGACGCAAACACGGUAGCCAAAGGCAUUCCAGUUCUGGCAUAUUGCCGCAGCGCUACAGAUGUGGAGAUCUUGGUGAAGUACAGAGCAGACGUCAAUAAAGCCACUCCACCCCUGAAGGUGCCUGUUCUGGCAUUGGCCAGUGGAGAAAAUUCCAAGCCAGAGGUGAUCGCCAAGUUGUUGGAAUGUCGAGCGUCUCCCAACGGCCCGGUGGCGGGCGGCAUUGGCACCACCCAUCCUUUGUCGCUGCUGUCCAUCAAUGCCACCAGUAACCCCUACGCGGUGGAAGCGGCCCGGCUACUGGUGAAGGCCACAGCCAAUGUCAAUCAGCAGUGCAAGGCCAGUGGGGUGUUCUAUGCCUUGGAAAUGCUGAACCGCACAUACCUUCACUUUGCGCGUCCCCGGUCCAAUCUGAUGCUCUUCACAGCGGAGUGGAGCACCUCCCCUGGGCUUCGCUUGUUUGUUCGGCAGCGCUGAGCUGGUCAAGUUGCUCUUGGAGCACCGAGGAGACCUUGAGGUGAAAAACUCACGGGGCCAUACGCCCAGACAGCUGGCGAAAUCUCAGGACGUCUUGGAAGUGAUUCAUCGCUUCGAGCAUGUCGAGCACGCGGCCGAUGAUGACGACGAAUGGCAGGUAGAUCUAGAGGCCAAGUUCACGGAUUUGAUGCCAAGCAUUCAGAUCCAGCAACGCGUCGCAAAGGUGCAAAGUUGACCU